CCCAGUCCCAUCUAAUCGGAUUAGUUGACUAUAGGUUAACAGGCUGCUGUCUGUCUCUCUCUCUCUCCGCCCUACAUGUGGACGGUCGGUGUGCGCAGCAGCACUUUUACUUUCUGCUGGAGCUCCACACUUUGCAAAAGUCGUCAUUUCCAUCCAUGUGCUCUCUCUCGUGACAACGUGGUUUCGUUUUGGCUGAUGCGCGCGAAUGAAACAUUGCAACACGUGCGUAAUUGUAUAAUGUCAUCAGCUCUCCGAAAAAAAAUGGGUGACUGCACACGCAACAUGCUCAACUAGUCUACCACAGGAGGUAGGAGUUUGUGUAAUCUAAAGAGAUCUAUGCGAUGUAAGAGACUUGUUAAAAGGUAAAUAGUUUGAUUUGUCUUGGAGAGAGACAGCCAGUCUCCAUGCUCCAGCUCCAGCGCGCCAGGCUGCACUCUCUACCCCGAGGACAGUGCUCUAUUCUCGGGGGUUAGAUGGUGCUGAUCACGGACGACAGGGAUGGAGGAGGCGCUUCGUCGGUCCGGGUCAAACAGCUCCAGCAGCAGCAGCAGCAGAAAGUCGGGAAAAUCCACCCGACUAUAAUCGAGGAGCCGCCGCUGUCCAACUCCGACGACGAGGACUACCUUGGCUCCUGCGAGGAGGAGGAGGACGAUGAAGAAGAGGAAGAAGAAGAUGAUGAUGAAUUCGAAGAAGUUGACUUCGAGGACUUGGAUGAUUGUCGGAGCAUCGCGUCGGACGACUCCUUCUACCCGCCGGAUGAUGCGCUGUUCGCGGACUCGGAGCGCACUCCGUCUCCGGAGAGCCCCGAGCCGCUGUCCUUCUUCCAGGCCAGCUGCUCCAACAACGCGGCCAUCGUCCGGAUCAUGAUGAGGCACGGAGUGAAGGAGGAGGAUGUCAAGGAGAAGGACAGGAACAACAGGACGGGGCUGUUGGUUGCAAGUUACCAAGGUUACGUGGACGUCGUCAUAGCGCUGUCUCAGUGUCCGCAUCUGGAUGUCAACUGGCAGGACAGCGAGGGAAACACAGCUCUCAUCACCGCUGCUCAAGCAGGCCACAUAACAAUCACCAACUAUCUGCUGAACUACUACUCCGGGUUGGACAUCGAGAGGAGAAACUGCCACGGCUUCACCGCGCUGAUGAAAGCUGCCAUGCAGGGCCGGGUGGAAUGUGUGCGCUCGCUCAUGAUGGCAGGAGCUUCCAUGGACGCCAGGGACCAUGGCCGCCACUUCACUGCUAGGGACUGGGCCUUGUUUACGGGCCGCUAUGAAACUGCCUGGGUGAUGACGCGCCUGAUGGAGCGGUCCUGCCCGCGCCAGUACAAUGAUACAUACAGUCUAGAGUGGCCCCCGCUGGCAUCACUGGCGGCCAAAGCCCAGGAGCCCCGCGGCUGUCUGAAGCGCCUGUCGGACACAUUGCGGGACUUCUUCAACAUCUCGAAUGUCACCAACCCUGAGGAUGAAGGCGUUAUCGACCACAUGGUUUGCGUCACAACUGCCAUGAGGAGCCCUUUCAUUGCUGUGGCAUGCCAUACAGUGUGUCCUGACAGCCCCCCCAGUGUUGGCAAACGGCGCCAUGCGGUUCCCGAGAUCAUCCGCCAGCAGCGCGCCAAGGAGCUCCGCUCCAUCAACCCCGACAGGGUGGACAGCCACCUCAAACUCUUCCAGAACUCCCGGGUCACACUGGUGGCCAAGAACUCAACAGACCGCCGGGCCAGCCUUCAGGCCCAGAGCGCGGUGCCUCGACACAGGAGCUCCAGUCUGACCAUGGCGGCUUAUAACGAAGCCCUGGAGCUGCGGAGAACCAGCCUGCUGCCCAUGCACAUGGUGCUGAGGAGGAGCAGCGUCAGGCCGGGUUUCAGAGUCCCCAAAGUGAGGGUGUCCAAGGCCCCCGCGCCCACUUAUGAACCAGAAAAGAUCCGGAGGAAGAGCAGCGCCAAAGACGGAGGGGGGCAUUUGCUGCAGAUACCAAAGUGGCGGUACAAGGAGCUAAAGGAAGAAAGGAAGAAAGCCGAGGAGGCCGAGAGGAGGAGGCUGGAGGCUUUAACCAAGAGACACCUCGCUGCCGGGAAAAGGAAGUGAUAUCAUUGCCUCAGAAGACGCCACGUACACUACCCCAAAAAGAAGCAAAAUCCGGACAGACUAUAAAGUUUGAGAGAUUUGUUUUCUACGAUAUACUAAGUACCAGAUGUGUUCCUAAAAGAGGACAGAAGACUGCUUGUCUGGUCAGUUUUGGAAGAGGGGGAUGCCAGUUGGCCUCUUAAAAAUGGCUGCGGGACAGCAUUAGAAGUGCACAAUGCUCAGUGUCCUUUAUGAUGUCAAAACAGUGAAUACCCAGGGGAUUUUAUACUUGAAAUGUUUUUAGCUAACUUAUUUUUCAUAUUUAUUGCUUUUUGAUGGAUGGCCUAGUCUAUAUAUUUUGUUACAGCAGUGUUUUUUCUAGCGUGUUACACUGUAUUGGAGAAGAAACUUAUUAAUUAACACACCACAGCAGAAAUUUGUACAUCUUUCUGCCUAAAAAAUGGAAUUUAUUAAAGAUGUUAUGGGAUAAUGUCUUUAAAUGAUUCAGUGGAGAACACUAAUAGUCGUGUCAUAUUGACUGAGAAAGCUAAACAUAAGCUUAUAUAAAAAUCUAAUGGCAUUUGACAGCAAUAUUUUUAGAUGCUUUUUCUUUUGCUUCACAAAAAAUGACAAACCCAUGAAUGUAUUUCGCAUAUAUAUUUUAUAUUAGAGAUUUUAACGCUUUUUUGAAGACAAACUUUGUAUUUUUUAUUCAAUAUGGACUUUUUUCCACAUACUGAUAUAUAUAUAUAAACAACUGUUUUCUAGUCUUAACGUUCGAGACCAAGACUGACGUGAAGCACUGUUGCGAUGUUAAAUCUUACCGUUGUGGGAAGAAAGUUCUUCUGAAAUGUUUACAUUGCAAAAACCUCUGAGAUUGAUUGAUUUGGUGUGUACAGGGUACGGAUGAUGUGAACAAAAUAAACACUUCUGCUAACUGUGGAUGUGAUUGCGA